CCUUUCCAUUUUGAAAAGGUGGCCACUCUACCAGUGAGCCUUCCCCUACCUCUAUGGGAUGUGCAAACCUGAGCGUGCUCAGAGCUGAUCUGAAAGCACUCCCCCCACCAGCCCCACGACAGAGGCAGUGCUAAUCCUCACAGGAAGAAAGGCUUGAAUGUGCAUUACCCUAGAACCGUGAUGGUGGCAGUUCCCAGAAGGCCCCACCCAGUGAAUGACAUGGGAGAAGAGUCAUCCCCAGAUCCAGGACCACAAAAAGCCUCUCCCCUCUACAAGAUGGUUGGAAUUUUGGCAACUACGCUGGGCGCAGGCAUUGGAUUCGGAGUCGCAGCUGUCGGAGUCCCUGUAGUCCUGGGGGCUGCAGGAUUUACUGCUGCAGGAAUUGCUGUAGGGUCAGUAGCGGCCAAGAUAAUGUCAGCAGCGGCCAUAGCCAACGGAGGAGGAGUGGCUGCUGGAGGCACCGUGGCAGUGCUGCAGUCCGUCGGUGCUGCAGGACUCUCUGCAGCAGCAAAGACUGGGAUGGCGGCUGCUGGUGCAGCACUUUUUGCCCUUAUCUGAAAGCCAGAGCUGGUUCUCUGGUGACUGGGUGACCAAAGCACAAUCAUCUGGCAUGCCCGAAUCACCCACCAGGCUAAAUACAAUACAGAGCAAGUUACAGGAACUGCUUUCAGCACGCUCAAGAAGAAACUGCAUGUCAAACCAGCCCCUGAAGACCUCUUGCUUCUUGUAUCUGCCCAGUACAAGCUAACAUGUUGUGCCUUGCUUAGCACUGCUGUGGAAGAAAAAGCCUUUACAAACAUG